AGUCGUGUUGCGUCUUAGCAGUGCAGCUCGUUUGGAUUCCCUGCAAUCUAUAAUUGAAUCGUCCUGACCGAUCAAGUGAGCAAGUACUCAUCAUGUUUAUGUCAGCGGAAGCAUUCCUGGACUCGGAUGAUCCCAACCCACCUGCAUUUGCCAGAGACCCCAAGAGGGAGCGAUCGGGGCCGCGAGCCGGACGACACAAGGGAUCUGUUGGAAGGGGUGGAGGUGGGAGAGGGAGAGGGGGAGGGGGAGAGGGAGGGGGRGGGGGAGGGGAUCUUGGGAGCGCGGAAGACACAGCUCGGAGGGGGGACCCGCUGAUCAGAGAACUAUCGCGAAGGGAUGACUCAGUGAGCGCUGCCCGGACGGGGGGAAGACGGAACGACAGGCCUCUCGGUGGUUUUGAUGCUCCUCCUGCUGCUCUGCGCUCCCAAGAUCCCCUCCCCCUCCACCACCUCCACGGUCCCGCCAAGAGAACUGUUGUUCCUCACUGUCCUUCUGGUGACAACGAAGCCAAGCAGAGAAUGAGAGGGAUGGGUGGGAAAGAUGAGCGCUUGCGGGGGGCGGGUGGGUCAUCGAAGCCCGCACCAAUGCUGAGAGCGUCCGGUCGGGUAGAGGCGCAAAGGAGAGAAAAGAGUUGGCCGGACAAGUGUUUUGCACAGCAGCAGCACCAGCAGGAGGAGGAGGAGGAGGAGGAGGAGGAGGAGGAGGAGGGCUUAUGUCCUUGGGAGCAGUGUGACGAUGCAGACGCGAGAACAGCGGAGGAGAGGAGGAGGGGGGUCGACGGGGGGGCUAGCAAAAGGGAGAGGUGGGGGGGGCAGGAGUCGUCGAAUUGGGAGAGAGAGGGGUUGGGACAAAAGACAUCUCAAAAAAAGAGGGAAGAUUGGGACAAAGGAUGGUCCGGACAAAGAGUAGUUCCUGAGGAGGAUUGGGAGUCGGGAUCGAGCGUCGAGGACGGGGGAAGAGGGAGCCAAGCGCCAGCAAAUCCAGGCCGUCGAUCUGCACAUGCGAAUCUGCAGGAUCAGGGGGAAAGAGGCGUAAGAGUAACGGUAGGCAAUGGACGCACACUAGGAGGAGGAGGAGGAGGAGGAGGAGAGGGUAGAGGAGAGGGUAGAGGAGAGGAGGGAAACGGACCUGGACGGGAACGCAGAGGGAAGGAGGGAACGUGGGCCCGUAGAGGAGUAGAAGUAGAAGGAGAGGGGGUGGGAGGAAGAGUAGGGGAAGGAGGAGGGGGGGGAGGGGGACGGGGAGGGGGAGGGAGAGGAGGGGAGCGAGAGAGAGAAACACGAAACGAUGGUGAGGAGAGGGAAGGGCAAAGGGGCAGAGGACGAGGAGGAGGAGGAGAGGAGGCCUCUUCUCCGAUGUUUUCUAUGUCCAGAAACGACAGGAAUGGCAAAACACAGAGUGGAUCUGUGGUGAGCCACGUGUCAUCUUCUGACAGUCGUUCCGUCCCGACCUCUGCGGCACCAAACACGUGGAGGACACAGACGAGUUGCAGUGACAGGUCAGGGAGAAGCUGUAGCACUGAUGGACAGGAGGAGGACUAUGAAGAUGGUGAUGAUGAUGAUGAUGAUGAUGAUGAUGAUGACGAUGAUGACGAUGAUGAGGAUGACGAUGAAGAUGGUGAUGGCGUCGGCGAUGGCGAUGGCGAUGGCUGUGGAGGUCGCGAGGCUGAUGACCGGUACAAGGAUUUGGUCCGCGAAGGGAGGGUGGGUGUGGAGCAGCAGCAGGAAUGGCACCGACGUGUCUGUGGGUUGAAGAACUUGAGUCAGACGACCGGUAGGCUGGAGAGGCUCGAUUACGAGACCGCUGUGCGACCGGUCUCUGCAAGAACUUAUGACAACGCUCUGGCUGAACGACCGGUAUCUAGCAGUAGCAGCCGCGAGAAUGACAGACUCCAGCGUAGAGGCUUUCCCUCCGCUGUAGGCCCCAACCUUAUCGCUCGUUUACCGUUGACCGGGGGCAUCAACUCUCUCCGCAUGGACCGGUUUGUGAUUGAUGACGUGGAUCUCCACGGCUCAGUAACGAGUUACACUAACCACAUAUUUGAUGACGACGAGGAUGACAUGUCAGAUGAGAACCUCGAGGGCGCGCGCAAAGCGCUGGGAGCGACCGGUCGAGGCGGCGGUCAACGCUGCGGUAAUGGUCAUGCUGCUAGCUAUAGUCAAACUAGGAAUGGAACGACCGUAGGACAGUUGCUGGCACCUGGCCACGUGGCAAACAAGAGGCAAGAGGCCCUAGUGGCACAGAGAAUGGAGCAGAGGCGGCAGUUAGCUGCGCAGAGGAAGAAAGAGAGGGCUGUGGCGAGUGGAAUGGUUGUGAUCAACGAUACGCCACGUCUCAAUGUGUCCAGGCCAGGGAGUGCGCUGAGCAGGAGCACCUCCACUCCGGUCGGAUCCCGACCCGUCUCAGCCAACUCUUUGUUCCAGGCUUUGGCCUCGAAUAGGUCCAACAAACCGGAAGCUUGCUCGAGGAACGGGAUCGGGACAGAAAGUGCAAGCGGAAUAGUAAUAGCAACACGAGGAGGAGGAGGAGGAGGAGGAGGAGGACCAAAUGGUCCUGAAGUACGAAUAGGAAGCGUAGGAGGAGGAGGAGGAGGAGGAGGAGGAGGAGGAGAGGGAAGAGGAUUCAACGCAGAAUGUCGCGGGAUUGGUGCAGGCUAUGGAUCUGAAAAUGUCCCAUCCAACUCGGGCCCGAGGGGCCCUAAGGAGGCAAAAGUAAAGGACGUAGGGAAGGCUCUACGGGACAAAGGAAUUCCUAUGGUAUAUGACCCCACGGAGAAGAGUGGACCGUUAGUGUGCCUGUCCUACACGGCCCCAGACUUGGCCGACACUCGCAUGUUCCUGAUGCAGCCGGGUUCACCUGUAGGUCCCGUUCAGUGCCAGAUUAAGAGAUUCAGAGGGAAAGGAGCCAGAGUGUUCCCAAAGUAUGUCCUUUCUCUUGCCGAGGGCGACAAAUUCCUGCUCGCGGCACGAAAGAGGAAAAGAAGCAAGUCCAGCAACUACAUCAUCUCUCUCGACCAGGACGACACUUCUAGGAACAGUGGAAACUACUUCGGCAAGUUGCGGUCCAAUUUCCUUGGGACCGAGUUUUGGUUCUAUGACAAAGGGAUCCGCAAACCGGGCAGCGGCAGCAACAGCAACAGCAACGACAACAACCCCACAACUUCGUCGUCUUCAUUGUCGUCGUCGUCGUCAUCGUUGAUCGCUUCUUCGAAUGGUGGCAGUAGUUUGCCAGGGGUGGUGAGCCCGAGCCAGGCCACGGAGAGGGUAGAGCUGGGGGCUGUGCUGUACCAGUACAAUGUGUUAGGCACAAGAGGCCCAAGAAAGAUGACGGCGCUGCUGCCAUGGGUCGACGAGAAAGGCCAACGAGAGGUGUUUCGCCCGCAGAAGGGUGGUCAGGCCAUCCUAGAAGCGUACCGGGCUGGCAAUCUUGGCCGUCUCAUCUGCAUGAGGAACAAACCCCCCAAAUGGAACGAACAGAUUGGUGCCUACUGUCUCAACUUCAAUGGGAGAGUGACCCAAGCUUCGGUCAAAAACUUUCAGCUAGUGACCAACGAAGACACGGACACGGUUUUACUGCAGUUCGGCAAAGUGGCCAAGGACGUCUUCACCAUGGACUAUCAAUACCCCUUAUCGGCAUUGCAGGCAUUCGCUAUCUGUCUCACCAGCUUUGACCACAAGCUGGCAUAGGAGGAGGAGGAGGAGGGAGGGGAAGAAGAGGAGGAAGGCGAGGAGGAGAAGGUAGGAGGAGGAAGAAGUGAACGCGGGGACGAAGAGGGAAAGAGGAGGAGAGCAAGAAGGAAGAUGCGAAGGGAUGAGGAAAAGGAGGAGGAAAAGGAGGAGGAAAAGGAGGAGGAAGAGAGCGGAGUACAGAGGAGAUAGAGGAGGAUAGAAAGGAGCAACAGUAGAAGGAUAAAGUGGAAGACAGUGA